CUAUAUGUAUUACAGAAACGCGUUUAAUUUUAAUGUAAGGAUACAAUAUGUCAAACAAACUUAGAAGGCUCAGAAAACAAUUUGCAUAGUGCACGAAAAGAGCACGGCAACCUCUUUUCCAAUUAUCGAUGGCAGCGCUGCAUCGAUAGCGAAUUUUUACAUCCCUAAUUUCUGUGUGUUUGUAUUCGUGACAGCCACAAAGUUUUUUGCGGAACAAUUUUUGUGUACAAUUUAAAGCCUUUUCGGGCGCUAAAUAAUUGUUUACUGCCCCUCGAUUGUGGAUUGUAAAAACCCGGCUCCACCAAGCUCGAGUGCAUUUGCGAGUCUGCAGCGUAAAAAACGCGCAAACCAAGCGGAGAAUUUGCCCAAUUCGUUGCUUUGGGUGAAAUUUCAAUGAACUGAGAAAACAAAGACAGACACACAUACAAACACACACACAGAGUCACAGACACAGUGCUUGUGCAGCAGUGAAGAAAGAAGCAGAGACAACAGCGCAAUAGCGAGCAAUUAUUUACUUACAACUAAAAUACAAAAGGAAAACUCUACCAAAAACCAUUGGUCAAUCCAAGUGUAACGUGCGCGACAUUACCAAAAGCGUGAAAUUAUAGUAGGCGCAAGAGCGGCGCAGAAAAAAACAGAAAACUUUUCGCCUCAGCCAGGCAUCAACAUCCUUCGGUACUCCCUCUCUCCGCCUCUAUUUCUUUCUCUCUCUCUCUCUGGCACGAAGACCACGCUGCAUACAGACGAGGCAUAUACACACACUGCGAUAUAUAUGCCAUUUAUUUAGGGACGACUCGGCGCGGAAAAGUACUAACUAACCUCGCUCCCGCUACGGCUCCAGUUCCCGCUACAUCCUUCCAGUCAGUCAGCAAGCCAGCCUGUCAGACUUCCAGCGAGUGCAAGAGAGCGAGCAAACUACAGCUAACUAACGGCUGCCCAGUGGCAAUUAGCAGAUAUCCUUGCUGAUCCGCCAUAGUAUCGGCGCCAGGACAACGACUCCCACGUCCUCGUCCCGCCGGCCGCUUUGGAAUGUUAAAUGCGGUGAGAACGAUCCGAUCAGUGUAUGUUGUUGUUGCUGGACAGAGUGGAAAGCGAGCGUUAACAGUGGAAGUGCAAGAAGCAGCAGUAUCGUCUAACGUUAAUUUAGAUUAUGGCGAAUUUAAAUUUCCAACAACCCCCGAGAAGUAUAGCGAACGCGGCGUUAGCUGGCCGGACAACUGGCGGAUUCGGUGGUAGCUCUCUGGCUGGCCAUGUAACGCCCACGUCAGGCAUGUUCCAAACCGACUUUGCUAACUCCUACCCAGGAGCAGCGAACUACGGACAGGCGCCACAGCAGCAGCAACAGCAGCAGCAGCCGCAGCUGUCGCCGAACCGGAAUGCGCAGCUCUCGGUCGGAGGACCCGCCAUCUCGAGCGGCAAUCGGAACGCCAACCUCUUCGGCCAGCGGCAGUUUGUGGAGCGGCGUGCCAUGCAGGGAUUGGGCAGUGGCCCCAUGUCGAACAUGGGCAACUUCAUGCAGACGGGUCGCGGCGGCUACGGAACGGGAGGAGGCGGUGGCGGUCCUUUGAAUAACUUUCACGUGUUCGGCGGCGGUGGUGGGAGUGAUGCCUCCACUCCAGCCCUGCUCGAUCCCACGGAGUUCCCCUCGCUGACGAAUGCGCGCGGCCAGAACGACCAGACACUGCCCCAAUCGAAUCCGCUCCAGCCGCCGGGCAGCAAACCCUACGGUAAUUUUUUUACCUCUUUUGGCAUGGUGAAGCAACCGACGUCAGAGCAAUCGGAGUUCACGAUGUCGAACGAGGACUUCCCUGCGUUACCGGGCACCCAGAACUCGGACGGCACAACGAAUGCGGUGGGGAGUGGCGGCGGAGCAGGAGGCUCCGGCGGUGUCUCCACAGAGAACCACCUGGAUGGCACGGAAAAGCCGAUGAAUUCGAUUGUGGUUAGCGGAUCGGCCAGCGGUAGCAGCGGCACCAACGUCGGCGUUGUAGGCGGCAAUGGUCUCGGAGCCGUGGGCAGUGGCCUGGGGGGCGUGGUAGUGGGUGGCGGCGGAGGAGCUGGAAGCUCGGGAGGCGGAGGAGUCGGCGGCAAUGCGGCCAGCGGAGUUGUCGGCGGGACGCACGUAGGACUGGUAGGCAGCAGCAGCGGCGGUAUCGGCGGCGUCAACAGUGUACCCAACAGCAAUGCCAUGAUGGGCGUGGGCGGCGGUCUGGGCAGUGGUAGCGGCACCUCCGGCAGCGGAGCGGGCGGCGAGCAUCUGAACGAUAAUUCCAGCAACGAUAAACUUGUGAAGAGCGGCGUUCAAACUUCGCCAGAUGGCAAAGUCACAAACAUACCAGCGACCAUGGUGAACAACCAGUUCGGCAUGGUUGGCCUGCUGACGUUCAUCCGGGCUGCAGAAACAGAUCCCAAUCUGGUGACGCUCUCCUUGGGCACGGAUCUCACAGGCUUGGGCCUGAAUCUGAACUCGCAGGAGAGCUUGCAUACAACAUUCGCAGGCCCUUUUGUCGCACAGCCCUGCAGAGCACAAGACGUUGAGUUCAACGUGCCACCCGAAUAUCUGAUCAACUUUGCGAUAAGAGACAAACUUACUGCGCCUGUACUGAAAAAGCUGCAAGAAGACCUGCUCUUCUUCCUUUUCUACACGAACAUCGGCGAUAUGAUGCAAUUAAUGGCAGCUGCUGAAUUGCAUAGUCGCGAGUGGCGGUAUCAUGUGGAGGAGAAAAUAUGGAUAACUCGAAUUCCUGGCAUUGAUCAAUAUGAAAAAAAUGGUACAAAAGAGCGCGGCACCUUCUACUACUUUGAUGCGCAAAGUUGGAAACGUUUGUCCAAGGUUUUCCAAAUAGAUGCAGAGAAAUUAGAUAAAUGUCCCAAUAUAAGUGCGUUUAUGAAUGGACAGUCUCACCGCUCGGCAUGUAAACGCCGAAGGCAUUAUCUUACCAAAAAAGUUUUACCGACGUCGUCUUUGGCGGUCAUGAAUGCUCCGGGUAUGAGUCUGUUUCAGGGGGCGGACACCCUCAACGUGAACUCCACACUGGACCGCCAGGAGGAGGAGGAGGACUUGCAGGAUCAGAAGAGGCGCAAGGAAGAGAUUGGGAAUAUUCUGGAAAACUUAUUCGACGACUUGCACGAUGAGGAGAACACAAUCGACUCCACGACGAACUACCAGUUGGAGCAACCGCCAGCUGUCCUGCCCAACUAUCCGAUCCAGCCGCACCAGAAACCUCAGCUGGAGGAUGCUCAGCUGACCAACGAGAUGCACCACCUAAAGAUGAUGCUGGAAUCCAGAAACCACGAACUGCAGAAUGUCAACCACAUCGCCAAUGAUGCUAAAAAGCAGCUGGAUGAGUUAACGAAAAGACUCUCUAUAACUCAAGCCGAGCUAGACAGGGCCCAUCGCGAGAGGCAGAACACACACGAGCUGCUGGUGGAGGCCAAGCAGAGCUGCUCCAACAAGGAGAGUGACAUGGAGAAGCUACUCUCAAAGAACAAGCAGCUGGAAGAGGACAAUACGCGACUGGUAGGUCGCCUGGAGAUCGUCAAGACUCAGCUAUCCGACAUACAGUGUAAGUACGACAUGGUGCAGCGGGACACGCACAAACGGGAAGAGCGCACCGCCGAACUGCGAGUCAAGAGUCUCGAAGAGGCUCAUCGGGCCCAGUGCGAUCUAUUUCAGCAGCAGCUAAGCCAGCUGACGGAUGAGCUGAAUCGCAAGAAGAACGAGCUGGAGAAGAUGACCUCGCGCUACAACGCCCUUCAGUCCGGCCACGAAAACAUGCUUCUCGACAAGGCCGCAAAAAUUAACGAACUGAGCCAAGCGCUGGACGUGGCCCAGGAGCGCUGCAACCAGAUAAACAGCAGGCCCGAUUUGGAGGCAGAGAAUCAUCGCCUCCAGCAGUGUAUCAGUGACUUGAAAGCCAGUGUAGUCUCUCUGGAGCAAACAAAUGCUUUACUUAGUGAGCGCGUUAGCGAAACUACAGCGGAGCUUGAUCUAAUGGACUCGCUGCUUCAGCAGAAUCAGGCGGAUGAGUCGCCCACGGGGAGGCUAAGUCAGGUGGGUGGAUCCCGCCUGGUGGGCAGUACACCCCAUAAUCCUUUAGAUAGGGUUAGCCACAUAAAACAGGAGCUGUAUCGGGCACUGGCCAAUCUGAAGAGCAAGCGAGAGGAGGUGCGGCGGCUUGCGAAGCUUUUGGAGGAGCGCAGCCAAGAAUUGCGCGCAAUGCGCGACCAGGAGAAUCAGGCCCUAGUACAAUUGGCAACCCUAAAAGAAGACAAAAUGCGUCUGGAGAACAAGGUGAAAGCCAUGCAGCAGGAGCUGGAAGAGCAACAACACAAAACACAGCAGGAUUCAGGUCUCCAGGCCCAACUGGAUGCCAUCGUAACCGAGAGGGAUUCCCUGAAUGAAAAGCGCCAGCAGAUUGAAGAGCAACUAACUAAUGUGCAGAGGGAACUGGAGCAACUCAAGCGGCAGCACGAGACCCUCCAGAGGAACUACGAGCAGCUUUCACAGGAUACAACAGACAACUUGCGUCUGGACUUGGAACGCCACAAGAUACUUUUAAAAGAUUCCCAGAGCGAGGUCGAGCGACUUAAGAAACUAUACGCUGACAUCGCCACAGACAAGGAGUCGUUAGAUUACGAACUAAGAAAGCUUAGGGAUUCGGACACGCUCAAGGAACUACAUGAACAACGCCAGCAGUUGGCCACUGCCCAGAGAAAUUUACAACUGGCGGAGCUGAAGUCUCAAGAACUUAGCAAACUUAGGGAAUCUGAGAAACUCACUCACGAGCGUGAUCUACAAAACUUGCGCCAGCAGAGCGAGCGGGAGAAGCGCGAAGAGGCUUCUGCUGCGGCCAAGGAGAGCGCCGACACCUGCAGCAAGUGCAUCGAGCAUUUGGCGGAGUUAACCAAGUCAGAAAUCCGAUUGUUUAAACUUCAAAACGUUAACUCGGUGCAGGCUAAGAACCUCAGUGAUUUGGAACAUGAACUUAAACAAUCCAAGGAGCUGCAGGCCGAGAUGCAGGAGAAGAUCGAGCUUUCAAACAAGCAGGACGUGCUAAUUAACGACCUCAAGGAAAAGGCAAAGCAAUUUGAGGUGUACAUUAGGCAGCAAGAAGAGCAUCAAAGAAAUCUGCAGCAGAAGAAGUCUACUCCCAGCCCAAAAUCCUGUACAGAUUCCUCGCCAAGCUUCUCUCCGAAAGAGCUUACCCAGGAGCGAAUUAAGGUGAUUGAACAGCGUAUUCGCGACGAAAUGGCCAAACUUUUCGCAGCUGAACUCAAGAAGUUCACCACCCGGCUGCAACAGACCGAAGAGCGUAGCCAGUGUCUCCAAAGGGAAUACCAAGCGGUGUGCGCAGAGCUGCAGCAACGGCAGACGGAGGUGGAUCUUCUCAAACAAACCAUCCUGGCAGAACGGGAAAACAUAGACGAAAUUCUGGCCGGCAAGGAAGAAAAACAGAAGGCAAUGCUGCAGAAGUGUCGCCAAGAGCUGCAAAUGAAGAACGAGAGAAUCGCCGAACUACUGCGAGAAGUGGACGAGCAGCAUGCCAGCAUCGAUUCGGAAAGACAGUCGAUGAAGGCUGUGAUGGCACAGUGGGAGAAGCAGCGGCAGUCCGUCGAGCAGGUUGAGCACCACUGGCGGCAGCAGCUGGACACACUGCGUACCACUCACGAGGAGGCGAUGCGAUCGGCCCAGCAGCGAUACCAAAGUGCCAAGCGCACCGCCCACAAUUACAAGUUGUACGCUGAGGACAAGGAGGCGCAUAUGAAACGCGAAUACGAGCGCAUUAAACGUGAAUACGAGCUCUCGCUGGCCAAGAUUGAAGCAACCAUGAACCAACACCUAGAGCGGCGAGAACGGCACCGCGACAAAGAGAAUGUGCCGAACAAUAGCAGCAUUAAUCCCACCAGCAGCUCCAGUAGUAAAGUUAAAACUAAUGGUAACAGCAAAAGCUAGGGAUAUAAGUUAUUUUUGUGUUGUUAUUAAAUUUUAGUAAUUGCAUGCACGUCAAUUUGUUUUACAAAAUAAAUAUCACUUAACAUUCCUAAUUUCGGACUGAUUAACAUGCAUAAGAUUGCCAGUAAUAUUAUAAUUAUUUCACAUUAUACGAUCCAUUUUAAAGUGAUUUAAAGAUCCCGAUAAUGUAUAAUAUAACAAGUGGAAACAGCAAUCGCUAUUCA